AUGUUCGGUAUGCGCUUUGCAUCUUUAAAGUAUAAAAUGUUGCUACAAGAUUGGGUUGGUUCAGCCCUCAACCCCACCCUGACUGAAGAAGAAGACAAAUUUCGUUAUAUGGGCAACUAUAUCUCACCAGACGGACGCAUCACAGAUGAAGUGUCGGUGCACAUACAAAAGGCUCGGUUGGAAUUUGCCAACUUAAGAAAUCUGUGGCGCCGUCGCGACAUCCGGCUGUCUGUGAAGGGUCGAGUAUAUGCUGCAGCAGUUUGA